AUGUCUCUCCACGGGCCGCUCCCCACAGACCUCUUGGUUGACCACUGCUCUUCUCCUGUGUCCCCCCUCCCCCAGGACCCCGGCCCGGCCCCGCCCUCCCCCACACUGGGACAGAAGCCGCUGCAGCUCAUCGAGGUGAAGGCCCGCGGGCGAUUCGGCUGCGUGUGGAAGGCCCAGCUGCUCAACGACUACGUGGCCGUCAAGAUCUUCCCCAUCCAGGACAAGCUUUCGUGGCAGAACGAGUACGAGAUCUACAGCCUCAGCGGCAUGAAGCACGACAACCUGCUGCACUUCAUCGGCGUCGAGAAGAGAAACCACAACCUGGACCUGGAGCUCUGGCUCAUCACCACCUACCACGACAAGGGCUCUUUGACGGACUACCUGAAGGCCAACGUGGUGUCGUGGUCCGAGCUGUGCCACAUCUCCCAAACGGCGGCGCGGGGUCUGGCCUAUCUGCACGAGGAUAUCCCGGGACACCGAGACGGCCACAAGCCCUCCAUCGCACACAGUGGUUUUCGCGCCGCGGACCUGUUUACCAUGCUCUGCUUUGCAUUACACGGGAACCGCAAAUUAACCAACGAGGCCCUCUCCACGUCUCCGUCUCCCUCUUAA